AGUGGGGGAGCGGAGACGGCAGAGGAACAUUCCCCUGAAACCCUCCGCCACGGCAAUAAAAUCGGGCCUGGAAAGGUCGAGGAAGACCAAAAACUUGAUAUGAAUUGCUCAUGGACGAACGGAUCAUUCUGUUCGGGUGUUAGCUAUCUAAAUAAUGCAAUGGAAGUAACUGUUCUUAUCCUCAGUCCUCCUUGAGUCAAACGUACCAAUUAUUGCACCGGUAGCAUUUAAUCUCCAUCCACAUCAUCCAAAGUCGAGAAGUCGGGAACGUCCUACAAUGGUCAAGGGAUAUAGCUUCGAAGAGGCUUCGGCCGGAUUUCGCAAUCAUCUCCCAGAUCUAAACACACCACGCUUCAUCAAUGCGAAAAGCCAAAGUCCGUAUGAAUACUCGAACACAUUCCGCGAUACCCAACAUCCGCCAUGGCUCUACAGCCUAACAAAAGCAUGGGAGCAACUCCUAGAGGAACCUUACAAAGGAGUCACGGUAGACGGCAGUAUACGGCAUGGCCUCUUCAAACACCAAGACGAAGAUGUUCCCAUGGCGAACAUCGUGUCGACAGUCAAAUCAUUACUCUCAACGCUUACACCCGACCAAGCGAGUCAGUUUCGCCAUCCUCUUAAUUCCAAGGCCUGGCGCAGUUGGUCGAACCCCGAGUUCCUCCUUCGUCCGCUGGGACUCCGAUUGGAAGAAGUAUCCGAGUCCGUGAACGGGGGGAUUCACCGAGUGAUGCAAGCAACGUUAUCUCCGGAGGGAUAUCAAAAGGCAGUUGCCACUAUGCGCAUCAACCACUUCCUCGGCGAGCUGGUAUCACUUCCAAAGAUUAUGAACGACCAGUCGUACAACUUCCUCCUCUUCGGCGAACCCUCCGAGUCGGGGCCGUGGGGAUGGUCGUUAUACGGGCACCAUCUAUGCCUGAACGUGUUUUUGCAGGGGACGCAAAUCUUCAUUUCGCCGACGUUCACCGGCGCGGAACCGAACGUUAUUGAUUCGGGGAAAUGGAGGGGGACGGAAAUUCUUCACACGGAGGGAGCCUUGGGACUGACACUGAUGCAGAGUCUGCCGGUGGAUACGCAACGGAAAGCCCAAGUGUUCGAGGAGCUGAGGGACCCUAGGAUGUUACAGUCCGGCGAUCUAACAAAAGAUCGGUGGAAUCGAGACGACCAGAGGCAUAUGUGUGGAGCCUUCCGAGACAAUCGCAUUGUCCCCUAUGAAGGAGCCUGCGCCUCGAGCUUUACCACGGAACAAAAACAACUCAUCCUUGAAAUCGCUAACGAGAUGCUGCUCUAUAUACCUGGUACGGCACGGAAAAGGAGACUAGAGCUGAUUGCGUCGCAUUUUAACGAGACGUACUUCUGCUGGAUAGGGCAGUACGGGGAUGCGGAUCCUUUUUAUUAUCGAAUCCAAAGUCCAGUGAUCAUUUUGGAAUUUGACCACCAUUCGGGCGUAUUCUUGACGAAUGAAGAGCCGGGAAAGUUCCAUACGCACACGAUUGUGAGGACGCCAAAUCAAGGGGAUUAUGGGUGCGCCUUGCGGAAACAGGAAGAUGUGGUCUUGUAGCUGUGUAUGAGCGGGGGCACAACUGCCGUGCCGACAGAGUCGAAGAUGUGGUUUGAAAGGAAUACAUAUUCGAUACAUAUCACGCUAUUUCUCGUUCUGGAACCUGUUAACCAGUGUACCGAUGUACGGUAGAAUCUCAACGCCGAAUUCGUCUCCAUCCUUGAUGGAGACUUUCGGCUUUCUUGCAAAUCCCACGCCGGCCGGGGUUCCCGUCAUGAUUAUCGUACCGGCGGGCAGAGUCGUGCCUUGCGACACGAAGCUGACUAGUUUUGGAACGCUGAAUAUAAGAUCGCUAUCAC